AUGUUUCGAGAACGUCGAGGGGUCUCCGAUCUCGAGGAUAAUCUCGCCACCUUGACGGGGCAACAGCAAGAUGACGACAAUAUGAGUGACGACGACAACGCCGCCCCCGAAAUGCAAUCCGAAGCUGAGCUCGAAGGUGAGAAGGAGGAUCCCUUUUUGAUGGCCAUCGAUGACCUUGAAGGGCGAGUGGUAGCUGCUUUGGACGACGUUAAAAUACAUCCUGGAGUGCGAUCGAAUUCAAGUCAGACAGUCCAAGCUGAAUUGGCAACAGUGCUGCAGCCAGUGAUGGAAGUUGCAGCGCAUACAGCACCAUCAGUUGCUAGAACGUAUUACCGAGGAGUGGGAGCAGAAGGAGUUGAAGCCAGUUGCGAGGAAGUAUACCAACGUGUGAUAAGUGAUUUGGUAUUGCCAGUUUUAUUAGAAAUGGCGCAAUCCGAUACCAUUCCGGCCAAGCGGGGGGCUAGUUUGGAAUUUUUUCGUGGCCUCUGGAGAGAGUGUCACAAAUCAGGCAGUUGGCUGGAUAGCAACCAGGGAUCCAACGGUGGUCCUUAUGGAUCGGGGAUAAUCAGUAAAGUUCAUCACAAUACGCAGCAACCCAGAGCACAGUUGAAGCGCCGUCAACAAAAACGACUUGCGCGCGAGGCAGAAUUGCUGAGAUAUUGGGUCCAAGCUUCCAUCGCUUGCACGACACCGGGGGUCUUUACGUCUGACAGUGCCGAAGCAGCCAUAGGAGCCCGCGGGGUAAUUGCGGCAUCGGCCUCCAUUCGGCCUUCCCUCAAACAUAUUGCCCAAAGAAUUCGAGAUGCCGAUGAUAGAGGAGCUAAUCGCGUCUUUGGACCCGUUAUGAAGAUGGUGGAGGGAGUGUUGAAGAAACUCUUUCUCAAUACAAAUCUUUCCAAAGACGUUGGCGCAGAGGAUGAUGCACUAAGAAGUGCCUGCAUCAAAUUUUUGGAGAUUGUUUGUCUAUGUUGCUCGGCUAAACCUCAAGACUCGAGUAGUAGGAAACGACGAGACUCGCCCGACGACUUUUCGCUGGAAGAUCUCCCAGCUGGUCACCCUGUCAUUACUCGGGAAGCUUUGGAGUCUAUUGCGGAAUAUGCCUUUUCCACACUCCGUGGUCUAGCGCUUUUGGGUGGACAACGCAAGGUCGACUCUAAUCUUUUGUCAGAGAUGUUGAUGGGUGGAAACAACUCUCCCUCUGAGCAGGUGGUAUCCAUUCUGAAACCAGCAUCCCUAGCCUUUUUGGAAGUCGAAUCCACAAUUCCUCCGGGGGAUGCCGAAAAUGCACUCGAAUUCAACCUGGACCGAGCCAACAUGGAGUUUGACUUCUUGUUAUCCCAGAAAUCCUACACCCUCACCAUCAAUGCCCUGGCAACCCUCUCAAGUAACCGGCCAGUCUUUUUCAAAGAAGGAGCCACCUGCUUGGGUCGUCGCAAUGCCGAUCCACCAAAAUUUGUGGAAGACGGACCCUUAACCAAGAGUGCCAUAUUGGCCAUUCAAUCGCAGUUGCGAGCAUCAUGUUUGACACUAUUGAGAAAUGCGCUUUCGGUGCAGACUAAGAGCUCUCAAAUACUUUUGAAGACACUGAUCAAGUCCGAUAUGAAGGUCCAAGCCGAAAAGGCUGAGAAGAUGGCCCAACAGACUAUGUCGCUUAAGACCGCUGGUCGCGCUGCCCGUAAUCGUGCCAAUAUGUUUUACGAAUGGGAAACGAGUGCUGAUCAAAGAUCAUCAAAACGGCAACGAGAAACCGACGAUGCCUUGGCCAAGAUGCGAGCUGCCAAGGCGGCCCGAGGUUUGGGACAAGGGAUCCAGUUGCCCACUUCCAUGGCGGACUCGAUUGAUUUGAUCAUGGCUAAUCUCCAGCAUCUUCCUUCCAAGAAACCGGCGCGAUCGUCUAAAAAGCAGUCGUCUAAACAAAAGGCCCCCGCAACUAUGGAUUCGCUUAUAGAUGCCAUCAUUACAAAUGGAGCGUCUCUAACCCAAGAAGAGGGGCGUUGGUAUUCACGCGAUGGAGGUGAAGCCUGGGAAAGUCACAUGGAUAAUGAUACGUACUAUGAGCUCAGUGAAAAGUUGCUAUCCACCAUCACUGCGGAAGAUGGGCCCGACAAGAAGCGCUCUAAACAAGAACUCGAAAGCAUUCAUAACCAAAAGGCGCUGUUCGACACGCAAUGCAAGGUGGCUGCGUCUGAAGCAAUGGGCCGGAUCAUCGCCAAUAGUACGAGUAGUCGAUACCCCGAAUUGACUAAGUUUGCCAAUCAGGUUGCCGCAAAAUUGGCGUGGACACUGAAGGAUGUGCCAAUAUCGUCGAAUCUGCGACCCGCGCAGCAAAUGGCCAACGACACAAUCCAGAGUUCCAAAAAGCGAUUGGCUUCAAAAGAAAAGCAAGAAUCACUUGAUGAGCUUGCGUCAUCCUUCCCAUUGGUAGCAAGCUGUCUUGUCAUGGAAGCAACCAUCACUCCAGAAUCGGAGGCCCAAGAGGAUAGACCAUCCUUGGGCCGCUCCAUUCUAGAUGAAGCCUAUGCUAACUCGUGCUACGAGAAACCUGUAAAGGGCAAAGAUCCAUGGAGAAACUAUGACACUAGUCUCGAUCUAUUUGUUGGGUCCUUCUUGCACAGUGGCGAACGCACCAACGACAAGCCCACGGAUAACGACCGAAAACGAACUGCAGCACACCUGUCUGGAUCCAUUCAGCAGCAGAUUGGUGCCAUGCCUCAAGUAAAGAAAUCCACAUUCGAGCUUCUAAGCGCCAUGUGUGAUACGGAAGAUAUUGCGAAAAAGGCUGCCGAUGCGGAUCGCAAGGGUUCUCAGCAAACGAUUGCUGCAACCGCGUCGCUCCAUGCCUCGAAACAAGCUGCUGAGAAACGUGCAGUCACUGUGCUCCUGACUAUUCGAGAUUCCGCAUUUCAACGUGAUGAUGUGCAAACGCGGAGGAGUGCUGUGGAAGCAGCUGUGUGUAUUGCAUCUGGUAGCAUGAAUGCAAGCAAGAGCUGCGAAGACAAGGCGCUCAAGUUAGUAAUGAAUGUUUUGUUCCCGAAAUCAACAACGCUUGCCGACUUGGUGGUGGAAGCUGCCGUUGCAGAACUCAAGAAAGCCUCCGACUUAGCGGUCGAAACGUAUGACUCGAUUCAAGAGGAAAACGCUAAAAAUGCUGCAAAAGAAAACUAUGGAGGUCCAAAGGGGGCUUUCGCCCCCAGCAGUGAGGCCGAACGACUAGCGAUGGACAAGCUCCGGAAGCCAGUCUUCCUGUUCAUGGCACUGUGUAUUCGCCGCCCUGAAAUUAUCAAGAAACUGUUCCAAAUCAGUGCGGUCCCCAAGGCAGAUACUUUGUCGAAGACUGUCCGACAAAACAUGGCUAAAUUGGCAAGAGCCGUUGCCACCAAGCACGGUGCUGCUACACUGGCAAUGCAAGUUUCGGAUGAAACUUCACAAGAUGAAAUUCCGUUGCUACUAACUUUUUUGGAGCAUCUGACGCCAGUGGGAGAGAAGAAUAUGCCUUCACAAGAGCUCAUUGACGCCUGCUUUGAAAUUCAAGAAAAGAAAUCAAAGGAUGGCAAGAAGGAUCCACGGUUCCUCAUUCCAAUUGUUUGCAGUAUGAAACGCGACGAGCUGGUAAAGAAACUUCCAGAAUUUGUGCAAGCUGACGAUGACGUCUUUGUGGCGGCAUUAAUGAAGAUGGGAGAACGCCUAUCUCGACACCAGCUCCUGUUCCGAGAUGAACCCGAAUCGGACGAUGACGCUCUGCAGCUCAAAGGACUCACCCUUUGCGAGCAAUUGGUCUACCUUCACACGAUGGACUUCAAGGCUGCUGGCGUUCCACAGAAACGGUAUUUGGAUGCCCUUCGGUUGUGUCUCGAGAACGAAGAGGUCUUUAAUGAUGGUUUGAUCAUGUCGUCAUUGGACCACAUGAGUGGAAAAUUCUUGACCAGCGAAGAAAAACUCCCCCUUGCCUAUAUGCGAACGGUGAUCCUAGUUUGCUCCAAGCAUGAGAGUUUGCACAGUUGGAUUUGCCACACCCUGUUACCACGCUUGGUGGAAGGUAAGAUUUAUACCGAGAAGAGACUGUGGGAAGGCUGGAUGCGGUGCGCCAAAAUGCUGGAGAGUAAUGCUGGGUCUGGAGUCAGCAGUGUUGAAGCAAUCAAUCAACUUCCACAAGAACAACUUGAAAUUUAUCGUGCCCGAUACCCGCCAACAAGACUAAACUAG